GCCUUUCUGGCAAGACUCAAAUACUGUUUGCUAUCGUCUUCACUACACGUUAUCUUGAUAUAUUUUUUUCCUUCAUCUCGGUUUAUAAUACCGUUUUAAAGAUACUAUUCGUUUUACUUAGCUACACGACUGUUUAUUUCAUGUAUUUGAAAUUUAAAUCAACUUUGCAAAAGGACGAUGACACUCUCCGCCUGAUAGUAUUGGUUGUUCCAAUUGCUGGACUAUCCUUUAUUGUUAAUCACAGCCUCCAUCCGGUGGAAGCUAGGGUUAGAUAUUCAUUUGACUCUUACGCCUUAUAG